UUAUAAUAAUAUUAGUUAAAAUAGAAUUUCAUUUCUGUCAUUGUAGCAUGUUAUAGUAGAAUAUAUUAUCUACCAUUUCUUUAGCAUCAGUUGUGUGAUAUGUACUUAAUAUGUGUUAACACUUUAAUCUUUACGUCUAUUAUUCCUACUUUACAGAUGAGGAAACUGAGGCUCGUAGCUGUUGAAGAAAUGUUCCUGAGGGGACUGGUAAAGUAGGUCAAGAAGAAACUGCCAUUGAAAGAUAGUGAGUGACUGUUUCCAAAACAGCAAGCAUCGGGGGAGCAGCCAGAAAUGUUAACGGGAAGCUUAAAUUACCUAAAUGACUGAUAAUGGUUUCCAGCUGCCAAAGAAGGUUGUGGAUGCCAAGAGAAAGGUAACCAUUUCUCAACCCCCCGAGUGGAAUUGGAUGCCUCUAGGAGCCCACAUUGGCUGGCAGUAGACAUGGCUGAAUUUGCAAGCUACAAGGAUACUGCCUCCAGCCGCCACCUGCGGUUUAAGUUACAGAGUCUAAGUCGCCGCCUUGAUGAGUUGGAGGAAGCCACAAAAAACCUCCAGAAAGCAGAGGAUGAGCUCCUGGAUCUUCAGGACAAGGUGAUUCAGGCAGAAGGCAGCAACUCCAGCAUGUUGGCUGAAAUUGAAGUACUACGCCAGCCAAAAAACCUCCAGAAAGCAGAGGAUGAGCUCCUGGAUCUUCAGGACAAGGUGAUUCAGGCGGAAGGCAGCAACUCCAGCAUGUUGGCUGAAAUUGAAGUACUACGCCAGCAGGUGCUGAGAAUAGAAGGGAAAGAUGAGGAAAUUAAGAGAGCAGAGGAUCUGUGUCAUCUGAUGAAGGAGAAACUUGAAGAGGAGGAAAACCUCACUCGGGAGCUGAAAUCUGAGAUUGAGCGGCUUCAGAAACGAAUGGCUGAAUUAGAGAAGCUAGAGGAGGCCUUUAGCAGGAGUAAGAAUGACUGUACCCAGCUUUGUUUGAGCCUGAAUGAAGAGAGAAAUCUGACCAAGAAAAUCUCCUCUGAGCUGGAAAUGCUCAGAGUUAAAGUGAAAGAACUAGAAUCUUCUGAGGACCGCCUGGAUAAAACUGAGCAGAAUUUAGUGUCAGAGUUAGAAAAGUUGAAAUCAUUAACUCUGAGCUUUGUAAGUGAGAGAAAAUACUUGAAUGAAAAGGAGAAAGAAAAUGAGAAGUUGAUAAAAGAGCUCACUCAAAAACUAGAGCAGAACAAAAAAAUUAACCGAGAUUAUACAAGGAAUGCUUCUAAUCUUCUAGAAAGGAAUGACCUGCGGAUUGAAGAUGGUAUCUCCUCCACUCUGCCAUCCAAAGAAUCGAGAAGGAAGGGCACUCUGGACUAUCUAAAGCAGGUAGAGAAUGAAACAAGAAACAAAUCAGAAAAUGAAAAAAACCAAAAUCAAGAAGACAACAAAGUCAAAGAUCUUAACCAAGAGAUUGAGAAACUUAAGACGCAAAUCAAACAUUUUGAAUCUUUGGAAGAAGAGCUUAAGAAAAUGAGAGCCAAAAAUAAUGAUCUUCAGGAUAAUUACCUAAGUGAACAAAAUAAAAACAAAUUUUUAGCCAGCCAGCUGGAGGAGAUAAAGCUCCAAAUCAAGAAACAGAAAGAGUUGGAAAAUGGGGAGGUGGAAGGGGAAGAUAUUUUCCUGUCCAGCAAAGGCAGGCAUGAGAGGACUAAGUUUAGAGGCCAUGGGAGUGAGGCAUCUGUGUCCAAGCACAUAUCCCGAGAACUGUCUCCUCAGCAUAAGCGGGAAAGGCUCCGAAACAGGGAGUUUGCUCUCAACAAUGAGAACUAUUCUCUGAGCAGCAGGCAGGUUUCCUCUCCCAGUUUCACCAACAGGAGAGCAGCCAAAGCUUCCAAUAUGGGGGCAGGUACAGACAGUGGGUCUCAGGAGACAAAGAGAACUGAAGACCGAUUUGCACCUGGAUCCUCUCAGAGUGAAGGGAAGAAGUGCAGGGAGCAGCCAUCAGUGCUUAGCCGGUACCCCCCAGCUGCUCAGGAGCACAAUAAAGUUUGGAAGGGAACUCCCAAGCCAGGCACUGAGAGCGGAUUGAAGGGAAAAGCAGAGAAGACAACACGAACAUUUAGUGACACCACCCAUGGAUCUGUUCCCAAUGACACAUUGGGUAGAGCUGACAAGGCCUCUGACACCUCUGAGGCCGUCUUUGGCAAGAGGGGACAGAUGCCUGGCAGUGGAAGUCAGAUAACUCAGGCCACAGAUUCUGGCUAUUCUAAGGCUGUUGGGCCUCUGGCCUCAUCUCGAAGAUCCUCCUCAGAAGGGAUCUCUAAGGGCAAAAAGGCUGUUAAUGGUCCAGAGGCUGAUACCAGUUCCCCAAAUUCCAAGGCUCCUAUUUUAUCAAAGUAUCCUUACAGCUCCAGAAGCCAAGAGAACAUCCUUCAGGGCUUUUCAACCCCAAAUAAAGAAGGAGUUGAUCACCCUGUAGCAGUUGUGAUGGAAGACAGCAGUCAGCACGAAGCCCUGAGGUGUCGAGUCAUCAAAUCCAGUGGCACAGAGAAGCCAGACUCAGACGAUGACUUGGACAUAGCAUCUCUUGUUACUGCCAAGUUGGUGAACACAACCAUCACUCCAGAGCCCGAGCCCAAACUAUACCCUAACUCCAGAGAAAAGGCCAAAUCCCGAGGGGGACUUAGAACCUCCCUGUUUGAGAAUGAUAAAGAUACUGGGAUGGAGAAUGAAUCUGUGAAACCUGUCAAAGCUUCCACCAAUGCCACAGAAUUCCCAGAUAUCAAUGGUGCUGGGGUAAAAAGCCAAAGGCCCUUUAGCCCCAGAGAGGCCUUGCGGUCUAGAGCCGUCAUCAAACCUGUUAUCAUUGAUAAGGAUGUGAAAAAAAUUAUGGGAGGAUCUAGAGCUGAGGCUAUUUUGGAGAAACAGAAAUCCACUUCCAAACCAGGUCCAAACAAAGUGACAAGCAGCAUUACCAUCUAUCCCUCUGACAGCAGCAGCCCUAGGGCCACCUUAGGUGAGGCCCUGAGGGAAAGGCACACAUCCACCAGCAACAUCCAGGUUGGGGCACCAGAGCUUACAUCAGCUAGCAACCAUGUCAGCUCCCCUUUUGAGCUCUCCAUUCACAAACAUGAUAUCACCUUGCAGCUCACAGAAGCUGAAAGAAUGGGAGAUGGGCCUCUGAAGAACAGGCCAGAAACAGUAGUUUCUCGGAGCAGCAUUAUAAUCAAGCCAUCAGAUACUGUGGAGAGGAAUAGCCAUGCACCCGCAGCAGAAACAAUCAGGUGGAAAAGCCAUAGUGCCCCUUCAGAUGAGGGCUGCUCAGACGCCAGACAUGUCACUGUACGGAAUGCCUGGAAGAGCAGGCGAGACUUGAAAUCUUUAGAAGACCCCUCUACUCGAAUAGGUAAAAACGUGGAAUCUACCAAUGCCUAUAUUCAGAGGUCUUCCACAGACUUCUCAGAACUUGAGCAGCCCAGGUCCUACCUUUUUGAGCAGGGCACCCGAAGGCUAGGAAAUUCAGGGGAUGCCCCUGAGCUCUCCUCCAGAAGGACCCAAAGUAGCCUCACCGUGUCAGAGGUGCUCACCCGUCGGAAUCGGGUUGGAGACACUGUCACAGCUACAGCCUGGAACCAUUCAGCAGGCAUGGAGGAAGGUGAAGACUGCACACUCAGUUUCCACAGGAAACUGCACAAUUCCCUGGAACGGUCCGAGCUGCCUGUGAAGCAGGGGCUGCCAGAAUCUGGGCAAGUACGGGCCGAGGAACGAUUACGGCCAACCAGGCUCUGUGCUGAGGAAAACUGAGUCAGCCGGGUGAGGUCUGCUGUCUCUCCUCUACUCCUGCUUCUCAGCUCUUCCACCUUCCUGCCCUGUGAAGGAUCCAAGGCCGGCUAACCAGGCUGGACACAAGGCUUUGGCUGGGAGACUGUGGUAGAGAGCUGGGCUGUGGCUCAGGUAAUUUUUGCCAGUUGGCCAGAGGGGAUCAGAGACUACAAGCUGGACAGAGUCACCCAGGCCCAGCAUUCCCUGAUGCAUGAAUCCUCUCCUUUCACUGUUCCCCAGGUAGUAUGGACCACUCUGGCCCCCAAAUGGGAAAGAUAUAGAAACCCCCACCACCUAACAGCAGCUGAAAUCUCUUCUUUGCUCCUCGGUGUGUUGUUCCUGUAUCACAGAGCAGCCCCUUCUCUGUGUGGUUAAUGUUCUGAUCUCUCAGUCUCCUCACCACAUCCAGCUCACUCCUUGUUUGCCCUAGGGGCCCAAGUACUCACUAAAACUUAACCAUCAGCUGCACCUCGGGGCUCCGCAUUACUUUCCCCUUGGAGUUCUUUUCUUCAGACUUUUAAAGCAGAAGAGGUUGAGUCUGGCCAGUUAGCUCAGUUGGUUAGAGCGCGUUGUUAUAACACCAAGGUCAAGGAUUUGGAUACCUGUACAGGCUAUACAGGCCAGCCACUCCCCCCCACACCCCCUUCCCCCAACAACAAAAACCAGAAGAGGUCUGUGCUGCCUCUAAGGGAUUAUAUUAUGGGAUGACCCUUUAAGUUAAAGCUUCUCCAACUUGGCCCCCUGGCUGACCAUUGUUUCCCGGGGGCAGAGGAAUGACAUGACCCCUUCCCCCACCCCAGCUUUCUCUGCUCAUCUUCCAAAGGCACCUGGAAAUGCACAAGCCUCAUGCAUCUCCUUCCCUGGGCAUCAGUAAUUCUGCUGGUAUUGCCUGCUUGCUCUCCUGUGGCUGGAGACUUCAGGCUGACUUCAUCGUUUCCACCUGGAAAAUCCCUGAACUAAACUGGGAUUUUAAUCCCUGACCCCAGCAUACUCUGCUUUCUAGGAAGUGCCCAGCAAGGGGAAAAGCAGAAGAAGCGACUUCCCUUCAGUCACUCCACAAGCAAUAGCUCCAUGAAAGGCGCAGACAAUGAGAAUACUCUCUCCUGUUCCUCCUCCUUCAUCCCCCAUGGAGGAGGGAUUGCACUUUACCAAGCUGAUGCAUUCCUACAGAAAUGGGCCCAUGAUUUCUGCAAAUUGACUAUCAUUAUGAUGACUUUGUUGGAGGACAGGUGAUACAUGCCCAUUGAGGGCCUCAGGUUUAUAUAAUUCAAAGUGCAGCAAACCUUUCAGCAAGCCACAUAAAUAAAAAUUGAUUUUGUUUCUUAUACCAAUCACAUGUGGAAGUUAAAAAGAAGUACAUAUUUUUGGCACUUCUUUUUCUAUAGCAGUCUCUCGAUUCAAAGAAGAGAUCCCUUCAAAGGUCACUUUUAUGAAGCAGAUGCUAUUGCCUUCAUAGCAAAUGAGAGCAUUAGACUAGGAGUCUGGAAAGCUGUGUUUUUCUUCAUGGCUUUGUUCUUUGCUGGGUGGCCUUGGGUGAGACAUUGUCCUCUUGGAGCCUCAGUUUUCCUAUCUGUAAAGUGAGUUCUUUGAAAUGAAUGGAUUUCUAAGGUCCUUAAAUCUGGUAUUCUAAGAUUCUUCUGUUUUCACCAUCCAGUGUGGGGUGAUUCUUGCUUUUAGAAGGUAUCAUCCCCAUGGGUUUCAGGAAUGUGUCUUUCUGCCUUCUGUACUUUUUGUGGGCCUUAUGCUUUGUUUUCCCCAUGUUUUAAUCUCAUGGGGAUGAACUCAGAGAAGUUCGCUAAGUAAGUCUGUUUUCCAGUCUAUAGAGUGAAGAAAUGAGAUUGGAUGGUCGUUGAGGCCCUUUGUGGCACCAGCCUUAUCCAAUGCCACAUAGUAUCUCCUGGCUUUCAGGCCAGGGUGGUUUCCAUAACUUAAGUCUGUGUAUCUCCUGUUCCUGUGCCUCUCCUAUGAAUUUCCUGGGAAGAGGAAGAUGUGAGACUUCCUCCAGAGGACUCUGAGUCAUCUCUGCCUCCACUCAGCAUGGGAACCAGUGUUCAUCCCGCCCUUCUCUGCAUCAGACUCAGCAAUCCUGAAGAGGCUUGGGAGCACCUACCUUACUUUCAGGGACAGGAACAUCUUGCUUAUACUUGUUUUCUGGAGUUUUGCCAAUCAAAGGGCAUUGUCACGUGGCUUGCCUCUCCUCUCCACAUCCCCACCUCAGACGCACAAUUUAAGAGGCUGUUUUCAAGAUCUCUUCUUGCUGUGCUUCUCUUGGGUCACUGGCCAGAAACUAGCUUGCUCAAGCCCGCAACCCCUCACUUACAGCCUCCCUGCCAUUCUCCUUUACAGGUUGGCAACCCUGAGAGUUCAAAGGAAAUUGACCUCUGUGGCGGUCAACCCAAAGGUAUAAGAAACUAAAUCUGUGGCCCUUCUCUGCUGAUGGAAACAGGAGGGCGCCAAGCCAUGCCUAAAAAGCUCUCUCCAAUAAUUCUUGUCUUUGGGUGUUGGAGCCCUGGAUUCUGGUGCUGUAGCUCCUGGUGCCAAAGUCUGGAUCUUUCCACAUUUUAGCAGCACCGACAUCAGCCGUUACUCAAAAUACUCUGUGGAAGAGAGACAGCUGUCAUGUCCUUUCACUGGGGCUGCCAUCUUGAAAUCCUUGAGUGCAAUAGGGUUGAUUGUAACAGUUAUUUCAGGAUAAGUAUUCUGUUUCUUUAAUCUGCACACUUUCUAGAACCACUGUAAUAGAUUUUAUUUUUGAAUGUCCUCAGCAUUUACAAAUAGCAAGUGAAGUCUGGAGGCUCAGUUUCCUCUGGGCUUCAAAUGGCUGGCAAGGCUGGCUCUCAAAUUCCAAAGUUGGAAGGCACAUUUCUGGAAAGCAACCAUGAUAUGACUGGAUCCAGGCCUCAUGAUCAGGGGUUCUGGAGGAAACCUCCAAAUAGAGGGGGGAGACAUGGUAGUUGAAUAGUGGUCUAAUCGAGCCAAAUAUUCCCACUGUCCCAGCCAGCAAACCCACUUUUAUGACAAACUUCUUCAGCUUGGCUCUAACUCUUACCAGCAGGUAUAUGGUUGUGGGAGGGCUCCCAGUGAGGCUGGGGAAUCGGGCACUAUAGAGCUGCUUGGCUGGAAGAAGUAGAGCUAAAUGCCAGGAGCUGGUCUCUUCCACCUGCUGCUGCAUGUCUGUUGCCACUCUGAUAGUAAACCAACCAGAGAAAGUUGUGGGGGUGGCAGACAAAGCUGUGGCUGUCUUUGCUUUUGAGUGGCAAUGAAACAGCUAUAGCAUGGGUUAAAGGGAUCUGCAAGAACUCCCUCAGCUGCAGGCAAGCUUGCACAUAAAUCAUCCCCCUCUCAUGGGGUGCUAGAGGUGUGUGUGUGGGGGGUCUAUAGUGUUCUUGGACUUAUUGUCCUGGAGCAGUUUUAGUUCUUUAUAUUUAGUGGGUCAGUGCCAAGUGCUACCACUUCCCAGUAAAGGAAUUAGGGACCCAGAGGCUGGGUCCCUGGCUGCCUUUGUUGGUGUGGGAUUUUUGUUACUCUGACAAGACUGCUUUGGAAGAGCUGCUUUUAGGGAUUAUCUUUUGAAUACCCCAAGUGGGGAGGGCUCUCCUCAAAGCCUCACAACCAUGGUCAUAGGAAAGGGGCCCUAUUUUCCUGCUGCUUCACAGCUUAGAACAUAUACUGAAUGGAAUGUAUUUUUAAGAGAAUAAAGUUUAUUUUUUUGUAUUUUAAAGAUUGGGAGGGCUAAGAAGGUAGCCCUCAAAUAAACUGUUAAUUGCAUUAUAGCCCCCUUUGCUGGGGGCAUCAGUCUCUGUUGGUCCACACCGACUCCCUCAGACAGGUGCUGUGGUUUCACCCCUGCCCCUUGGAGUUUAGGUACAGCAGCUUCUACAUUCCUGCUCCAAGCAUGGGACCAAGGAGGCCGGAACCUGUCUCUGGAAACCAGGGCAAAGCCAUGAGCAAAGGCUCAGGGCUCCUUGGGUGCAUGUGUAUAGUUGAAGCUGCCUGUCUGCAUGUAUCCUCUAGCUCUAAUGCUGUUGGCUCUGCAGCACAAUAUGUAACCAAUAAAGCUCCCUAGUUUCCAUA